GAUAUUUAAAAGUCAAUGUCAAUUGUCAAAUUUAUUAAUAUUGUCAAAACACAAAACAUUUGAGGAUUAUUUAUUAUAAUUAUUAUAAGAUUUUCUUAUAAUUAUAUUUACUACUUAAUAAAUCUUAUAGUAAAAGAUGGGUUUGUUUGGUAAAUCUCCUGAUCGAAAUCCAAAAGAGAUGGUGAACGAAUGGUCCCAUAAGAUACGUAAAGAGGGUUAUAAUUUGGAUAGACAAAUAAGAGCGAUUCAAAGGGAAGAGGAAAAAAUUAAGAAAUCGCUGAAGGAUGCUGCUGCGAAAAAUGACAAACAAGUGUGUACAAUAUUAGCCAAGGAGAUCGUAAGAUCAAGGCGGGCAAUUAGUAAAAUUUACACAAGCAAAGCACAUUUGAAUUCAGUGCAAAUGCAAAUGAAAAAUCAAUUAGCAACACUAAGAGUAGCGGGAUCACUACAAAAGUCAACUGAGGUGAUGCAAGCUAUGCAGGCAUUAAUUCGAUUGCCAGAAAUAGCACACACCAUGCAAGAGUUAAGUAAGGAGAUGAUGAAGGCUGGUAUCAUUGAGGAAAUGCUGGAUGAGACCAUGUCUAGCAUGGAGGAUGAAGAGGAAAUGGAGGAAGCGGCACAGAGUGAAGUUGAUAAGGUGCUUUGGGAGCUAACUCAAGGCCAACUCGGAGAAGCUCCAGCUCCUCCAACGGCAGUCGGCGCUCCCUCUACAAGCAAGGAACCAGAGGUGACCGAACCUGAUGAAAGUGAAUUGGACGAAAUGCAAUCAAGACUACAGGCCUUAAGAUCUUAAGAAUAGCUUUAAAAGAAAUGCGAGGAGUUGCCGCAACUUCUGUUCGAAGAUAAAUAAAAUGCCUUUUACUAAUUUUAUAAAUGUUGCAAUUGUCUUCACUAUAUGUUUAAUGUUAUCGUAGAGUAUACAUAUAUUUAUAUUAAGUUUUAUUAAGAUAUGAUGAUAAAAUAUUCUGAUGUGUAUUUAUUAAAUUGUAUAAAAUAAAUUAGACCUUUAAAGUACAA